AUGUUCCCGAGUCAGGACCACGCCUUCGAACCUCAAGAACAGCAAGCCUCAGUCGCGUCAGCCUCAACUGUCAACUUCCCAAACACGAGACAAGAAAAGGGUGCCGGCAGCGUCAUGUUUCCAGAUAUGGUCAACAAUAAGCCGGUGGACGUUAGGGUUAGGCAGGGCAAAGGCUUCAGUUUUCCUGGAGCAGCCAACAGAGCGACGGACAUCCAUCUACCAGGGCAAGAAACAUCCGAGUCUGCCAGAGCAGCUGCAGGACUACCAGACGCCAGGAACAUUAUCGGUGCGCUCCUGGGUCUUCGGCAAGGAGGCAUCCCGAUUCCCUUCGGACACGUCAACAUGACCGACAUCAGUGUGGCGACGAACAGGGUCACUGACGAGUUAUCCAAGAGUCUGAAGAUGGACGUGAGGGCUGUGUCCAAGGCCCUGGCUGUUGGCGGCGCCGCCAUGGGAACGAUGGUGUUCCUCGGAGGCAUGGCAGCGAUGAUCAUGUCCGGCCUGGGGUACUUCAACUAUCCGGAGUUGUACUCCGUCCAUCCGUACAGUACGACGUACGGAACUGCGUACGGAAACCAGUACAGAACUGCUAAGGCGUUGAACGAGAACGGAGCGAAGAAAUCUCCAAACCCGAACCUCGUUCCUGCCAUCAACGAUCUAAUCGGAAAGCUGGCCAAGGCGACGCAGGAGUUUGGAUCACCGAAAUAG